AUGGGUAUAUUUUGUAGCGGUAAAAAUUGGUUUUUAGAAACCCGAUAUUGGUACAAUCGAAUUCUGAAGGUCGCUAAACAGUAUGAGACAAAAGCAUUUUUUGCAAUCAGUAAUGAAGCAGUUUUUGAUCAGGAAUUAGAGGACUUUGGAUUGAAAAAAAAUGGUGAACGAUUAGUUGGUACAGAUGAUCAACCGAUGAUUGCUGCUGAUACGAAUCGUGGAAGAUAUCGUAUGGAAACCAAUUUUAGUGUUGAAAACUUUGCUCAAUUUGUUCAAUCAGUCUUAGAUAAUCAAAUUGAAAAAUUUAUGAAAAGUGAAGACGAAGUAACGAACAGUGAUAAUUUUGUUAAGGUGGUUGUUAACAAAAAUUUUGAUCAAAUUGUUCUCAAUUCACCGUUUAAUGUAUUUUUGAUGCUUUUUUCACCAAUUUGUGGUAUCUGUCGUCGGUUGUCGGUAAAACUUGAUGAACUUGAUCAACAGUUUAUCAACGAAGAUAUUAUUUUUGCAAAAAUGGAUAUUAUGGCCAACGAUAUACCACCGCUGUUCACCGAUGGACUAUUGUUGUAA